GCGGGACUCGUUCGUUUUGCCUUUUAGCUACCAUCGGACUUAAAGGUCAUUGACUGUGUGUGCAGACCUAGGCCGGAUCUGACUGACAUCCCACUGGAGGAAGGUGACAUCCUGUUUGUCGAUGGGAGUUCUUUGAGGCUGGAGGACGGAUCCCCAGCGACCUCCUAUGCCAUGGUGAUGCAAGACGGAUCACUUGUGGACGGAGGGCAUCUGCCCAGACAUUGGUCCGCACAAGCGGCUGAGCUGUUUGCACUGCAACAGGCCUGCAAAUUAGCUGAGGGACAAAAACUCACUAUCUACACAGACUCAAGAUACGCCUUUGGGGUGUGUCAUGAUUAUGGUGCAUUGUGGAAGCAGACAGGUUUUCGCACCAGCACUGGAAAACCCAUUAAGCAUCAUCAGUUAGUGGAACAAUUACUGGACGCUGUCAUGCUACCUGAACACGUGGCAAUAGUGAAGUGCCAGGCCCACAGAAAGCGGACUGAUGAAAUCAGUCAGGGAAAUGACCUCGCAGACCAGUGGGCUAAAAGUUUAGCCAAGGACUCCGCUGGGUUUGGGAAUAAGGUUUUACUGGCAAAGAAUGUUGAUAAACCAUGCUCUGAAAAUGACCUUGUUUUGAUUCAAACAGGUGCAAUGGAGGGUGAGCUCCACGGAUGGAAACGGAGCGGAGCAUGGCGUGAUAAAGAAGGCGUGUGGCCACAUUCUGGGACUAACCAACCUUAUCUCCCUAGAUCUGCGUAUCCAGGGAUGGCCAAAGCCGUUCAUGGCCUGGAUCAUGUGUCCCGUGAUGGGAUGGUGGCAGCUGUGACUCGGGUGUGGCAUGCCCCUGGGUUUGCCGGAGCUGCUGCCCUAUUCUGCGGGAAGUGUAUGGUGUGCAUGAAAUUCAAUAUGGGAAAGGGCAUUCCAACUGUCCCUGCAGUGACCCUGAGUCCCCAAAGCCCAUUCAAUCACCUGCAGAUAGAUUUCAUUGAGCUAACGCCGUGCAGUGGAUAUAAGUAUUGCUUGGUGAUUGUACAUUGUUUUCCAGAUGGGUGGAGGCAUUCCCUUGCUGUCGCCCUGAUGCUCCGAGUGUGGCUAAAUGUCUGCCAAAGGAGGUGAUUCCAAGAUGGGGCAUUCCAUCUAAAAUCACCACAGAGAACGGUCCUGCGGUCGUCGUAGAGACCCUGGCUAAAUUGUCCCAUUGGAUGCAAAUUGAUUUCAAGCAUUAUUGUGCCUAUCACCCCUCGAGUGGGGGGAUUGUGGAGAGAGCAAAUCAGACACCUAAACUGAAACUGGUGAAAAUUUCAGAGACGAUGGGCCUGCCCUGGGUGGAUGCCCUGCCCCUGGCUUUGUUAUUCAUGCGAGCCAGGACACACUGCCAGACAGGGUUGACAGGAAGGCCAAUGCGUGUUUUGUCUCCCUCACGAUAUGUCACACUGGAGACUGUGGAUGGGGAUUUG